CCGCCGCCGCCGUACGCCAGGUGCCGACUGCCGAGACCUUCUCCGAUCUGUUUGCCGGCGAAGAGCGCCCGCCAAAUCUGCCCCUGGUUUCAACCGAUUGAACCCCGAUGUCCGACGUCGAGAACCCUGGCGUGGGUGGGAAGCCGCCGCCGUACAAGGACCCUGACAAUGGGAGUCAGCGAUUCCUACUCGAGUUGGAGUUCGUGCAGUGCCUCGCCAACCCUACCUACAUCCACUAUCUAGCGCAGAAUAGAUAUUUCGAGGAUGAGGCAUUUAUCGGGUACCUCAAGUAUCUAAAAUACUGGCAGCGACCAGAGUAUAUCAAAUACAUAAUGUAUCCACACUGCCUUUUCUUUCUUGAGCUUCUCCAAAAUGCCAAUUUCCGAAAUGCAAUGGCACAUCCAACAAACAAGGAGCUUGCUCAUAGGCAGCAAUAUUUCUUCUGGAAAAACUACAGGAAUAACAGACUGAAGCACAUCAUACCGCGCCCUCCUCCUGAACCUGCACCUUCACAGGCACCUGCUACAUUGCCCCUACAAGCGUCCGUGCCGACACCUGUAGCUCCACCUGUUCCUGCACCAACAUCGUCUAUGCCACCUGUGGUAGCAGGUGGUGCAUCUGCAAUGUCUCCUAUGCAGUUUGUAGGAACUCCAGGCACUAAUAUGCCGAAGAAUGACAUGAGAAAUGCUAUGGACAAUAGAAAAAGGAAGUAUGCACCACCUCCCUUGCAAUCAUCCAACAGUCAUUUUAUGAAGUUAUUUGUCCAUGCAUUGUUUUCUUUCCUUGCUAUUUUGUCUGUGCUAUGAAAUCAUUGGUGAACUAUUAUUUUCGAAGGACAUGAUCCAAUUCAGUUUGAUUUAUGGCCACUCUUCCAAUAUAGAUCAUGAAGAUUCUCCUUUCCUUACAGGAAAGAUGAUUGAGACUCUCAACAUGUUUUUUCUGAGGGAUGCUAUAUCCUCUUCCCCAUUCACUUUGGUUGCUCUUCUUCAUUGAAGACGGUGGAGAAAUACUUCUUUUACUUCUCUGAUCUUUGGCCCAUUAUCCCAGUAAAAUUCAUCUGAAGUUCUGUCAACAAUGCAUAUUGAGUCAAGUGUUAUUCGUUCCAUUGUGCAAAUAAAGACUGGAUAAAGACUAGUCAAUUGAAAUGUGAACGUCUUGUAGCUGUGACUGAAUCUGCAUAUUUCUUCAGAGCUUAUAAAUGUGAUAUGAAUGUUUCAUAAAACUACAGUUUGGCUGAUGAUAUGUAUACAUCUUCAUCGCAGGAUGGGCUAAUUGAAGUUCUUGCGCAACUUUUCAACGGACACUGCCGGAUUCGAGCACAGUUGCUGCCUCAGGAGCCUUAUUAUUUCCUUUUGUUUUAGUGCUGGUUAUUUGGCCUUGUAGUUGAGGGUUCGUGAGUUUUUAGAAUGGAAGCUUCUGACUUAGAGUGAAGUUAGAACAAAUACUCCAUGUCGCAUGAACUUGCACACGUGACUUUAGGUGUCAGCAUUCUCCUGAAUGAUCAUACCAUUUACCUUAAUGUUUCAGCAUAUUGCUUGGCAGCAGGAAAUAUGUACUGUUCAUAAACUAUACAUAUGCCCGUUGGCCCCAAUACAAAGUUGACAUUUUGGC